AAAAAUGACAGCCAGUAAAGCAGUGAUAAAAGGCGGAAUUACUGCAUUUCGCUAAAUUACUUUCAUGUGCUUGCUUUACUCACCAUUUUAUAUAAACACGAGCAUGAUGUCAACAACAGAAGGAGAGCUGGAUGUAGAAGUGUGCCAGGAACGAGAAGAAGGGGAGUUGGAUGACUCGGACGUAGAGGAGGGUACAUACAUCCCUCUAGAGCGGCCAGAGGCGUUCAACCCGCCGUCGUUAGUGCACAUGCAGAUUCAGGACGAACAGAGUGAUGAGGCGUCUCCUGAAGAGUCCUCAGGGUCUGAGUCUGACGAGCCACGAAGACGCCCUAAGAGAACCAAGCUGAGACCACGGCGGCCGCAGCCACAGUCUCAGCCAGGCAAAAAGGACAAAUAUAAUGUCUGGUGUAAAGCCUUGCAGGAGGAUUUAUUAACGGAAGACAUGGUUAGCUGUGAUGUAACAAAAAAAAGUAGUUACGGCGUUGAAUCUUAUGAUUAUACAAUUAAGUAUAGAUUAGAUGAUAACUAUGUAUCUAAGAAGAUUUUCACUAACAGUAACAAUUAUGAGGACAAUGAACGUACAUCAAAUAAACGGAGGCAUGCAGAAAGGUCGAAUAUUAAACUACGUUUGGGUAAACGGGUGAAUAGCCAUAGACAGUUGGAGGAAAAGCCAAUACCACGGUACUUGCCAGAUCUGUCAGCCACAACGGAGGAUCCAAUAGAAACUAUUGCUUUGGACAUAGCAGACAAACUUGCAGAAGAAAAGAAAGAAUUAGUCGGAAGGAUUGUUCAAGUACUAGGUGCAAAUAAAGCUAUUGAAAUAUACAAAGAAACACAAAGGGUAGAAGCUGACGGAGGAAUGAUGGUGAUGAACGGCACACGUCGACGCACGGCCGGCGGUAUCUUCUUCUUCCUGCUGAAGCGUGAUGACGAGGUGUCACAGGCGAUGAUCAACCAGAUCUUCACGGAAGACCGGAAGGAGACGGCGCGCAAGUUCAAGCGGUCUCGCACCAAGAGUCGCCAGCAAGUUGUGGAGCAGCUAAAACAGAGCCUCACAGAUUCGGAACUACCAUCACUGUUGUCGCGCGGCGAGGCAGCGGCCCCGGCGGGGCACGGGUCCAACCCGCCACCAUCACCCGCUACUGAUGCGCGCGACUGCUCCAGCGACACGGACGCGCACUCACACACGGAUGCGCCUGCGCCGCGUGCAGACGAACCGCACGACCCGCGCCCCGACCGGACCGACCUAGUCUCCUACGACGACGACGACUUCCUCGAGGUCAUGUGCAACGAAGAGAUGGACCUUUUCUGAACUGUGAUUGUGUGAUUGUGCCGUGUACAGUGUUUUAAAGUGAAACGUUUCGGUCGAAUUGUGUCAUUGUGUUGGGAACCAAUGUACAGGUGUUGUGAGGUUUGUGAACGAUUAUAAUUGAGAGGUUUUUGGUGCUACGAAAUGAGUGCGGAACUGUACUGUAGCUCGACUAGUGUCGGUAUAAAGGCUGAGAAGGCUGGUAACCUUGUCUGUAAUAUUGUUAAAGCCAAAAACAUUUGUUAACAGGUCCGGUAAAAUGUGAAGUCCGUAUUCAGUAUGCCUUCAAGUAGUUAAGAAAUAUGCAGUUUCAAACCCUAGAAUUAUUGCGUGUUACCUGUCUCAGAGUCAUCAACUUUUAUUUCUAGUUUAAAAUAAGGCGUUAGUUUUCUGUUAUGGUCAGCAAAAUAGUUUACUGGGUCAUGGAUUAUUUUGUUGACUCCACAGACGUAAUUGAUAUUUAUAUUGAUAAAUGAUAGUAAAUCAUGUAAAUUGAAAAACGAAUAAAUGUUUCGGUUUUAAAGUAAGUCAUAGUAUAGUAAAUGUGUAUCUGAACAGAAUUUUACCACAACUAUUGUAACCUAUGGAAUUGGCAACCACAUUAGUUUUCUAUUAUCAGAUGUGAACUGAUUGAUUUCAUGUACGAUACUGCAAACAUACAUGUUAGAAUUAAGUGGUUUUGUUUCUGUAUUAUAAACUUAAGAAACUACGGAGCUAUUUUUUUAUUUGCCAAUAAUGAAAGGGUCAGAGUGCCAAUGAUUUUGAUCGACAUUGUUAGAGAAAACAAGAAAGGCUUUGUACUCCAUUAUACCUUCUUUCUUUCUUGUUGUUUAUGGCUGCAUCGUUACUGAACGAUAAUUCUGCCAAUGUCAAAGUUCCGAAGAAAACUGUUUAUAAACGUAAAUAACCGGUUUUAUGUAUCCAUUAUACCUUGCAAAACGUAAUAUUGAUUAGAAUGACAGAGAUAUAUAGUACAUUGCCUAGUGUGAAAGAGACAAAAGAUAUGUCAUGCUAAACAUGUUACAGUUUAUAGGGUAAACACAUUUUUCUGAUUUGUCUCUUAUGCAUUAGGUCCAUAAAUGUGACGUGAGAUGGGUAAUUUACUCAGCAUUUUGAGAAAAUCCCCAAUAAUGAAAAAAACGGCGGGUUUACAGCAGCAGGAUCUGCAUGACAACCACGCCGCGCGCGGCGCGAAUUAUAUCGAGGAGGUUAAAACCCAUAUACGCAGCGAAUGCUAUCUACGUAGGUGGACUUCGAACGGUUAUUGAUCGAAGCCCUCGAUAUAAAUCACGCCGUGCGCGGCGCGGUUGCUGUGGCGCGAGGGCAGAAAAUGUUUUCAAUGCAUUUGUAUCAAAGCACUCUGUGGCUUGAACUUAUGAUUAAGACAAUACAAUUUUAAUAAAAAUAAUAUGGAGGACAUCUAGAAAUUGCUUAUAAUCUGUAAAGAAUACAAAAAAUAUAUACCUAUAUUGCGUGUCAUUGUCGAAUUCACUUCCGCCUACGAAAUUAUUUUUUAUAUUUGUAACUAAACCUCUGGGAUUUAGACAAUUGAUUAUAUGUAGAAAAUACUUAACUGUUAGUGUAAAUUAUAAACUUGUUCUUUGACUCUUCCUAUGAUCAUGAGUUAAGUAACAUCGAAACUUAUUACUUCUGUUGUCGACUGUACUUGAGGUCGUUUACUACAUUAUUGUAUUAAAUUGAAUAUAUCUUUACCUUAAGAUAAUGUAGGUAUUUUAUUUGAAGGAGUUGAUGAAGUUGAAAUACGAGUAUAUACUGCCAGUUUACGCGUAGUACAUUUCACUUGUGAACAUCAAUAUCUGUUGGUCUUCACACUGGCGACGAUGUAUAGGUUUUGAAAUGUAUGUUGAUUUAAAAAUUCCCAAAUGAAUACGCGGCUUAACAUUGUGUCAGUAACGCAAAGCAAACGCAGGUUGCUUUGUGUGUAGGGCUUAGGUUGAUAGUUCUUCGAACACCGGAAGUCAAUAGAAUCUUUUUUGUUUUUGCAAUUAUCUAUUUAUAUAUAUUCUAGUUAGAACUCCUAUGUAAUUCACCUUCUUACGCUACCCCAUUGAAUAUACCAAAACCUUAUCAUUUACAGACCUCUUUUCAUCUAAAGUCGGGCCACCUUUAUUACGUCAAUCGAAACGACCCUGUGCCGUCUUAUACAUAACCAUCCAACCAACCAUCCACCAACCACCAUCAACCAUCACCAUCCUAAAACCACCAACCAUCCAUCAACCAUCUUUAACCAUAACCAUCUUUCAUUUUUCAUCUUUAACCAUCUUUAAAAUUUUGUCCGACUACCCACUGUCCGUUUCUCGUAUUUAGGCUACCGUCUCAUAUAGCGCCCCGCCCACCUCCACUUCAACCCUCUAACGCGCUUUUCAUAUGUUUUUUUCGUGACUUUUGAUUUCCGAAUCUGCACUGCGGUUUAGGCCUUUUCUCAAACACAGCCUAAUAGCGUCUAAUUUAAUGUCUUGCAAACUCGGCUGGAGGCACAGCGGCGCGGAUUAUAUCGAGCGCUUCGACGAGGCGUAGCGAACGCUAUCUACUGUAGAUAAACUUCGUACGGUACGGCUGCUGUGCCGCGAGGACUGAUACGAUUAUGGUUAUAAUAUUACCAAGAGUUUCCAACCAGGAGAAAACUCAAUUAUUGUCGAAGAAUAGAUAACUACUGAUGUAUUAUAAAUAAAAUAAUAAUUAUGUUCCAAUACGAUGAUUGCCAGUAGAACUUGCGAUCUGUGUCUAUGGAAAGAGAAACUAGAUUACAUUGAAAAAAGUUGACUUCAAAUGUUACGAACAAGUUACGAAGACUUCAAUUCUUUGUUAGCUGGUAUUCCAACAAAGAAAAUUGUAGCUGUGUUUAAUUUUAGGUCAAAUUAAGCUCCUUGUAGUUUCUUAUAUACAUCAUGGACAAAUACAGACAACUCCUGCUGCUAAUUUGUAAUUUGGUAAUCUGUUCCCAUAAACACAGACCGCAUUCGUUGAUUAUUAUAAGCAUUAUAUCUAUGAAGGGAUGCUAAUCAAGUAGCUAUAGUUGAAAAUGUAGGUACCUAUUAAAAAUAUAUUACAUUUUCAACUAUACUCAACAUUGUCUGAAUGUUAAAUUAAUACUUUGUACAAUAAAGUUUGUAUAAA